AUGAGGAUGAGCGAGGAGGAGAAGACGUCACAUCCGGAGUUACUGAGCAGCGAGGUGUCUGAAGGGCUGCUGCUGAAGCUGGAGGAUCUCGAAGCAAGGCUGACGAGGGACAUGGAGAGCAUGAGAUCACUUCUUGCAGGAGUGGCUGAGUACGAGAACCUUCUCCGAGAGCGGGCGAUGCUGGAAACAACCUUCACCGACUCCUCCAGGCUGCUGGAUCGCACUUCGAACUCGUACACUCUUCGGCGAUCGGAGGAGCGGUACAAGGCUCUGGUGCUCAAGAUCAUACCUGAGAGAAGGAAGGAGCUGCUAGAAGCGAUAGAGGAGUGGGAGAGGAGCAACGGGAAGGCGUUCUUGACGUGGGGACGAAGGUACCUGGACAGCCCAGAUGAAGUGAUACCAGCGGACGAGGAAGGUGUACGGGGACGAGGAGCAGAGCAGUCUCAGGUGAAAGAGAGGAUAGUCCGCAUCCAGCACAAUCGUGACAGAGGCCAAGAGCACAUCUCCCAAGUGUCACAGUCUAUCUCCUUCGUCUCUGCUGCAGAGCCUUCUAUAGAGCCAGACGCUUCUCCAGGUCAACCGCUAGUCUCCUCUCUGCACAGUAGCUCAAGUGCUUGUAGCUCGGCGGUCGAAGAAGCAAGAGCGUGCUUCAAGCCUGCUGAUGGACCGGGUGGAAGCCCUGGAGACCUGGGCAAGAGAGCGGUCCUGAAGCAGCAAGGAGAGAUAUCAGCGAUGCAGGACCAGGAGAGGCUGAUGAGACAAGAGCUGGGAGAGUCGGACUCCAAGAGCAGAGACGCGGCUAUCCACAAGCUGACAGUGAGGAUGAGAAGAAUGGAAGGUGGAGUUUCGGGGCGUCCUCCUGCCCCUGACAUCAGCGCAGACAUGAUGAAGAGAUGUCAAGUCGGACAAGACUCGCCCAAGGCAGAGGAGAAAUCCAAGAGCAUGCCUGCGGAUGCGUUGGUGCUGAAGAAGGAUCAUAGCAAACUCCAAGAAUCGCUCAAGCUUGCCCAAGAAAAGAUUGUGACGUUGGAGGCCAAGCAAGGGAAGCUGAUAGAGCAGCUGGCGGAGCUCUCGCUCAAGCUGCAAGACAAGAAGUUCGUCCAGCCGUCAGACCUCAAGUCUGCCUUUCAGAGCUUGUUCCAAGGCUUCACCAACGUCCUCGACCCCUCUCAGCCAAAACGAGCCGGUAACUCGGGUGAGGAGAAGAAGGUUCGCUUCGCCUACAUCGGCGAGCACUUCGCUCACUCGCUACUGAGCGGCUUCAGCGCCAUCGAGAAAGUGGAGAAGAAGCAUCUUGAGCUCCUGGUCGAGCUGGAGGAGCAGCGGGAGAGGCACCAGCAGGAGAGGAUCGAAAUUUCCCGCAAGCUUGCGGACGUCCUGUCGAGAUGCGACAACUGCGACACCGUGGCAGAAGAAGUUAAACUCGACCUGCAGGAGGUCGCUGCUCGCGCAGAGGAAGGGAGGGAGGCAGCUCGGAGCGUGUGCUGUCUGAGCGACGAAGUGAUUUCCUGCCAGCAAGGCUUGGACGAACUCCGCUCGCGCACUGUCAUGCUGGAAGAGAGGAGCGGGCAAUCUGAGGGGAGCAAGUCAGCACAGAGACAGGGAGAUGUUAAGCAGGAAGGAGGUACAAGAGAGUGCGGAGAAGAAGAUGGGGAGGAGGGGAGGAGCGCGUUGGAGGAUCUUUCCUCGCGCGUGUCUCUCCUUGAAGCUUCUCUGGCUGCCUCUGCUCCCUCUCCCUCUCCCUCUAUAUCCGCUGAGGCCAUCAACGCGCUCAGUGAGGAGCUAACAGAGAGGAUGGAGGAGUCUGCGGCGCGACGAGACAGCAGCCUGAUGAAGACGCUGGAGGAGGCGAUGCUCUCCUGCGUGUCGCGCGACGACGUGCGAGAGAGUCUGCUGCUGUAUGCCAGCAAGAAGGACCUCAAGGCGAGCGAGAGCAGGACCUGGGAGCGCAUCGCCAAGGUCGAGGAGGAGGGAGCGCAGACUUCUGCGAUGAUCAAGCUGGCGAGGAAGGAGCUGGAGGGGAUGAAGAGUAGCUUCCUCCUCUCCUCGCAGGAGCUCGCGGCAAAGCUCUCGAGCCACGAAGAAGACUGUGCCGAGGCGGUAGACGCGCUGUCAGGCAGCAUUGCACAAGUCUCGUCCGAGCUCUUCAAGUUUGCAGCAAGUCAGUCGGAGCUGUUUGUUCGACGCGACGAGCUCGCCAGCAUUCGAACCUUGACGAGCAAGGCGGAGAGUGAAGACAACAGAAGCAGCGAGCUAGAGGAGGAGCGGGAGGGGGAAGAGACACAGCAGCAUUCGAGGGAAGAGGAGGCAAAGAAGGAUCAGGAGGGGAAAGGAGAGGGAAAGAGAGAGCAAACAGAUGUCAAGAAGAGGGAAGAGAAAUGCAGAGAAGGGCUGAAAGGGAGCGACGAGGAUCAAAGAGGAGAAGAGGAGCUCGAGCACGAGGAGCAUGAGCAGCAGCAAACGAGGAAGCAGCACCACGAACAGAACGAGGAUACCAUGCAUGACAGAGAGGACGGGGACACGAGAAGUCAGAAGCUUGAGGCAGCGAAGGAGAGGGGGGAGGAGGAGCACAGGGCUAGAGAGGUCACGAGAGAGGGGAGGGAGGAGGGGUCGCGUGAGAGCGCCAUGGAAGCAUCUCAAGCGUCGCUGGGCAUGAAGAAGAAGUCGCUCAAGCUCAGGCACGAGGAGCGGCUGAGGAUGAGAACGAUGAACAAGCUGCUGGGAAGGUGA